AUGGCAGGAAAGUUUGAACCAAAGACGCCUGUGCAAUUGGACCCGCCAAAGAAUGACGGGUUGACGAUGGCCGAUGUGUCAAAAUGCGAUGGCGUACGAAAUAAGUGCAUGUACGUGGGGAUCAAGGGGACGGUGUUUGAUGUGACUCGCAACGUCAAUGCGUACGGUGUUGGCAAGGGGUACCAUGUGUUUGUUGGGAAGGAUGCGUCGAGAGCGUUGGGCAAGAGCUCGUUGAAGCCAGAGGACACCGAUCCCUCGCUCAGCUGGGAUUGGAGCGUUCUCAACGACAAGGAGAGGAAGGUGCUGGACGACUGGUACACCUUCUUUGAGAAGCGGUACAAUGUGGUAGGCCACAUUGUCGACUUGCCGAGAAAGUCUUAG